UUGUUUCUCUAGGCAACAGUCACCCAGUCCGUUUUGUUAUAAGUUGCACCCUAAAUAGGAUUAUUCACGGUAGUUUAGAAAUUGCACAGAACAAGAUGGCUAUGACAGAAUCAAGGAAUGACCUUCACUUAACAUCAACUGGUGUAGCCCAUGGCUACAACGAUAACCUACCCUUUCCUCCCAGCGGAUUUCAGCGAACAGUUCUAAAUGUACUUCCCCCUCCAUUGGCACAACGAGAAACUCUUGACCAGUUCUCAACAACAACUGGAACAGCACAUAAUUACAAACCAAGCAAUACUAGUUUAUCAAACACAAUUCACAAAAAGGCACCAGGUCAUUGGAAUGUUGGUUAUGUGGAAGACCUAAUCAAAAAGCUCCAAGUUAAACCAUGGAGGCAACCUUUGACAAUGGGAAACCAAUCAAGUGAGAUGAAGGCUGAAUAUACUGGAAUACCAGGGGUUUCAAUGUCAAGGCAUUUUUGCAAUGAUAUCCAGCCUCCAACCUACAGGCACCACCACACUGGAGGACCAUUAAAGAAAAUAGUUCCAUCAACACAGAAUAAAGAAUUGAUGGGGCAAAAAUAUCUCGUACCGGAGAGAGGUGUUUUCAGUUACCAUGGAGAUAUGUACUUAACAACAACACAGAAAAAUCAUAGAGCUUUUACAAAAGUUGAACUUGGUAAAUAUCCUCAAAAAGAAUACGCAACAUACUGGGAAUGUGAAAGCUACCCGAAAGCAUGGGGCCAUGGGUCAAAAACUAAUCCACUGCCCCCUAACACUGUGAAAAAGGAAAAAGGACCAAUGAGAGAUGAAAUAUGGUUCAAAACACCAACCGUUGUCUCAAGAAUCCCCAAGAGUCUUGAAGUUGUCCCUAACAAAGGUCUGUGUUCAGAAGUUAUGGCUAAUUUUACAUCUCCAAACGAAAAUAAACGCGAGGAACUCUUUCAUUGUCCAGUUCCAUCACCCUGGACAUUGUCUGGCCCUGGACCGGAAGAAAUUUUCAGCGUUCCACACAUGUACAAGACAGAGUACGGAAACUAUGGUAGCAGAAAACCAAUUUCUGUCACAUAAUUAUCUGAAUUUUUAUAUAGUAGUUUUUAAAGUCAAUUAAUUUUGUAUUUAAAUUACCUCAUAAGACUGUAGCUUUGAUAAUAAACCUCAGCAUAAAUGUAAAAUUUUGAUAACCUUUUGUUGUAAAAUAUGAAUUUGUCUUGUAAUGAUAAUGAUGCAUUUGUCCAUAAUAUAUUUGUCAUGUUCCUCUGU